GCAUUUUUGUAUACUAUAUAAUAAGCAGAGAGGGUAUGCGGUGGUGGUGGUGGCGACGGCAGCGAUCGACCAUGGCUACGACGGCGCCGCUCGUUCUCCUCCUCCCCCUCGUGCUGCUGCUGCUGCAGGCGAGGUGGUCGUCGCAGCAGCAGCAGCAGGUUGUGACGGCGGUGAUCGUGUUCGGCGACUCCAUCGUGGAUCCGGGGAACAACAAUGGUUUGCACACGCUGAUCAAGGCCAACCAUCCGCCCUACGGCAUGGACAUGUUGAACCACGAGGCCACCGGACGCUACUCCAACGGCCUCAUACCAACAGACCUCAUUGCCCAGCAGCUCGGCGUGAAGCAGCUGCUUCCGCCCUACCUGGGCGUGGACCUGAGCCCCGAUGACCUUCUCACCGGCGUCAGCUUCGCGUCCGGCGCCACCGGAUUCGACCCGCUGACUCCCGUCGUGGUCAGCGUCAUCUCGAUGGACCAGCAGCUCGCCUACUUCGACGAGUACCGGGGGAGGCUGGUGGACAUCGCCGGCGAGGCCGAGACGGCGCGGAUCAUCGAGGGCGCGCUGUUCCUGGUGUGCGCCGGCACCGACGACGUGGCCAACACCUACUUCACCACGCCGUUCCGCAGCGCCGAGUACGACAUCCCGGGCUACGUGGACCUGCUGGUGGGCCACGCCGAGGAGUUCCUCCGCGAGCUGGUCGUCAGCUCCAGGGGCGCCAGGAGGAUCGGCUUCGUGGGGAUGCCGCCGGUGGGCUGCGUGCCGUCGCAGCGCACGCUCGGGGGCGGCCUCGCCACCAGGGCCUGCGAGCCCAAGCGAAACGAGGCGGCGCUGCUGUACAACGCCAGGGCCCAGGAGAUGAUCGCCGCCUUCAACAACAACAACAACGCCGACGCCGACGCCGACGUGCUGGUCGUCUUCCUCGACAUCUACCGCAUCCUGGACCACCUCAUGGAGCGCGGGGAGGAGUACGGCUUCUCCGAGACCACCAGGGGAUGCUGCGGCACCGGCACCAUCGAGGUCACGGGGCUAUGUGACUCCCGCUUCGUCUCCGUCUGCGACGACGUCUCGCAACACGUCUUCUUCGACAGCUACCACCCAACAGAGAGAGCCUACAGGAUCAUCGUCAACGACAUCUUUCAAAACUACGGACACGUGCUCUUCUCAUGACUAUAUAUCACGUACUCGCUGUCUCUGUCUCUGGUAGCUGGCCCAAUCGACCCAACAGCAACCAAAUUAAAUGAGCCCAUCCUCCAAAUACCGCAGCCCAUUGUUACACUUAUUUCCUAUCAAAAAAAAAAUCAUAUACUGAGAUGCUUUUCUUACUGAAAUCCGAUUGCACUGCAC